UGUACAUACAUUACUUGGUAAUAGAAUUAGUGAUGAAAUGUUAUCACGAGCCAACGCAUGCCUUGUUAAAUUUGCAACUGAUAUGGAAAAGUUGUACGGUUUGACUAACUGUACAUUCAAUGUACACGUUAUGACGCAUUUAGCGGAAGGCGUAAGGAACUGCGGGCCACUUUGGGCUACUUCUGCCUUUGCAUUCGAAGCCAACAACCACUUUUUGCUGAAAAUGUUUAAUGGUACCCAAUAUGUUCCACAACAGAUUUGCGAUACUUUUAUACUGUCGCAGAAACUACCAGGUAUUGGGAAAGAGUGUAUUCGUGAUGACGCAUGUCCAAGAGUAAGGCACUUGUUCAAUAAACUUUCCAAAGACAAAAUUCCUACAAAUAGUGAACGGGCCCUUACUAGAGCUGUUACUGGACUUGGAAAUGGACAAGCUGUUCGUCUUACACCAUCUGAGACCAUUUCCGUGGCAAAAAUGAUUAACAGAGACGUUGCCAAUCGAUCAGCUACUUUAUAUAACAGAUUUAUUGUAAAUCAUGUGCUAUACACUUCGGAAAGUUAUACAAGAUCCCAAAGACACCAUGAUUAUUAUGUGCAAAUCGACAGCUCAACUACCAAGUAUGGUAUCGUUGUUGGGCUUUACCGUGUACAGCCAGACUGUCAAUGCAGCACUGCUGAAUUACAGGCAUGCCAGUGCGAAGUAUAUUAUGUUGUGAUUGUGAAAAAACUUGAUUUGUGUGGAGGAAGACCGCUGUUUUCCAACAAAGAAUGUGGUGUUACUUCACAUUUCGUAAGAGAGUGUACAAACAGAGACCAAAUUGUGGCUCUCAAACCUGACCAAAUUAAAGACAAAGGCGUACACUUAAAACUACGAAAUCGAGACUUUUUUUUUGAAUUGCCAUGUAAGUUUUACGGCGAUUAACUCAAAAUAGAAAGGAUUGCUGUUGUCUUUCAUUUUUUGUAAGUUUGAGAAUACUCGACUGGACAGAUAUUUUAGAUACACAGUAUUUGUUGCAUGUUGUAUAUAUGACGCGUAACUCAAAACAGAUAACUUCUUGUAUAUCGUACAAAGCUUUGCUUAUAAUGCAUGCCACUACAUAUGUUUUAAAUUGUUUAUAAUCAUUAAUUUGUACUAUAGCUCUUUUGGAAUGUGUUGUUUUAUUCAUAUCAUACAGAAAAAUA